AUGCUCCUGGUGGACCGAAUGCACAGAGUCCCAUGGCCCAGACACCUACCUGACACGGCCCCCAAGGAUGUCCUUCUGCGUGCUCACUACUACCAUAUUAAGGAGCACAUCCUCAGAGCAAGCAGGAACAAGGUGAAACCACCUGAAGAAUACCCGAUGGUGAAGCUAUUCACGGAUCUCUCCUCAGCUACACUGCGCAGAAGAAGAGACUUUGCUCUGAUCGCGGAGACUCUUAGAUCCAAUGGCAUACGGUACUGCUGGGGAUUUCCAGUCAAAAUGCUGAUCAACAGAGAAGGGAAAAUGAUCUCCAUCACCUCCCCUGAAGACGGCCUCAGCCAGAUGAGAUGGUGGGGACUUGAAAAUUUACCUGAUGAACAAGCAGCCACCCAACCUAAGAGACUGCUACUGGACUGGCACAAAACACCUCAUAGACGCUAA